AUCUAUCAGCCCCGAUUCGACCUCCACCAGCUCCGUUUCGACAUUUAUCAGCUCCGAUCCUCCGAUUCCACCUUGACCAUCUCCGAUUCCACCUCUCCCAGCCCCGCAUCUACCACCACCAGCUCCGAUCCUCCGAUUCCACCUCCACCAGCUCUGAUUCCAUCUCCACCAGCUCCGUUUCGACAUCUAUCAGCCCCGAUUCGACCUCCACCAGCUCUGGUUCCAUCUCCACCAUCUCCGAUUCCACCUCUCCCAGCCCCGCAUCUACUACCACCAGCUCCAAUCCUCCGAUUCGACCUCCACCAGCUCCGAUUCCACCUACAUCAGCUCCGAUCCCACCUCCCCCAGCUCCGUUUCGACAUUUAUCAGCUCCGAUCCUCCGAUUCCACCUUGACCAUCUCCGAUUCCACCUCUCCCAGCCCCGCAUCUACCACCACCAGCUCCGAUCCUCCGAUUCCACUUCGACCACCUCCGAUCCCACCUCCACCAGCUCUGAUUCCAUCUCCACCAGCUCCGUUUCGACAUCUAUCAGCCCCUAUUCGACCUCCACCAGCUCUGGUUCCAUCUCCACCAUCUCCGAUUCCACCUCUCCGAUUCCACCUCUCCCAGCCCCGCAUCUACCACCACCAGCUCCAAUCCUCCGAUUCCACCUCGACCAUCUCCGAUUCCACCUCCACAAGCUCCGACUCUCCGAUUCCACCUUGA